AUGAAGCAUUCUAUCUCUGGAAUCAAUCUAGCAGUCAAACAGACUCCAGUAAUGAUGAAGAACCUUGGUAAUGUGAUGGCGUAUGAAGUAAUGUAGCUAUCUAAUGUGAUGAGCAGCAGUAGAGGAAGAGACAAAAUUUGUGCUCUUAUCCAAUACAUAGUCUAGCUCUAUGUUAAUUGCAUGAAAUACUCUUAGGAAUAUCAUGAUCUUGUGGAACUUAACGAAAUCAGCAGUGUUUUAAUCGGUCGUCGAGUUGUAGAUUAAAUCUCAAGUGGUCGAAAAGUCUUUAAAUUUCUUAAGUUCGUGGAUGAGAUCAAGAAUGUAGUGGAUCUGUUUGGCAAAAAAGGAGCCAAAAAUGGGUAGCUUGUGCGAAUCAUGUCACUAUUCGCAAGAGUCUGUGGUUUUUUCUAUUACUUACUAGAUAACGUUGUUUGGUUCUCAAAUAUGGGCAUGAUCAGCAAAACAGCAUUCAACAAGAUGAAGUGGAAAAGACUGAAGGAUAUCUUUACAUUAGCUAAGAACUGGUCUGAAGUUAUCAAAUCUAUAAUUAUUUGGUACUAUGCGGUUUAGGAAGAAAAUAGAAUCAAUGAGGAAUUGUCAAAACUUGAGAAUUAGGUAGUAGGUCUUGACCAAAGAACCACUAAGCUAGUAAAAGACCUUAUCAAAUAAAGGUAAAAACGUAGGAUAUGCUUUGCAACCGUUAUUUAAAAUACUCUUCGUAUUCUCAUGCUUAGUUACAGACUAAAGCUGCCAAUCAAAAAGUACAUGCACCCCAUUUUCUACACGGUUUGUGGACUCGUUUCCAACAUAUUUGCUAUUUUCAAAAUUUGGUCGAAUGAGAGCUCCAAGACCUAUUCAAAUUAGAAAUUGGUGAGACUCUCUGAUAUGAAGAAAAAGGCAGCUCAGCUUUAGAUUAUCUCAAAUCAAGCUUAGCAAGCACCUCAAGCAAAUACAAGCGGUAGAAGUGGAUAUGCUAAUCAUAUGAUAGGAUAUUAUGAAAGCAAUCAGAAGCAGUUGGAAUUAACUAAUAAGUUACAUAAGGUAUCAAGAGGCAAUCUAUUGAAAAUAAAAUCGGAUCAGUCUCUAAAUAAUGUAAAGACUAUUACAUAAACAGAUGAGGAUAGGAGCUUAGACAGUCUUGAUAGCUAUAGAGAUGAACCCUAUCCUUUUAUGGACAACUGUGAAGCCUAGCUGAAACGUGAUAGAAAAAUGUAGAGAGUUAGAUCUAAAUACAGUAAUGUAGGAGGAGCAGCAGAAGUUGACUCAGAUGAGGAUGAGCUCUACGAUAAAAAUGUUAAAAACCAAAAGAACUACAAGCUCUUUACUCUGAGGGAAAAAUCUGUCCUUGAUUUCAAUUAAAUGUCAAAGAUGGAAGAUAAUUACUGA